GUCCCGAGGAAGUAUUUUGUUUCGAUGCUAGGGCAGCGUUCAGAUCGUCGACACGCUCACGGAAUCUCUUCUUCCUGCUUGGAAAAUUUCGAUCCAGCGAUUCUUCCAUCCAUCGAUCCACCGCCAGGUUUUCGUGUUCUUGCGAUCGAGGAGCGCGGUCAUGCCAGGAUAAUGCAGCCACGCAAUCCCGAUCUUCAUCGAUUGAGCAGCGCUUUUCUCCUCGCCAGGGCUUAGGGUUCUUGAGCUAGCUUCUCCUUCUCUCCCUCACGCGUCAAAUGCAAGGCGCUACAAAGAUCGCAUUGGCAGCUGCGCUUGGAAAUCUUCUCCAGGGUUGGGACAAUGGCGCCAUCGCCGGUGCACUGCUUUAUAUCAAGCCAGAGUUCCAUUUGGAAGACAAGCCCACUAUUGAAGGCUUCGUUGUGGCUUCCACGCUCCUUGGAGCUGUAUGUAGCACAGUCUGUGCUGGUCCAGGGGCGGACUGGCUUGGAAGGAAGCUGAUGCUCAUCUUAUCUUCGGCACUUUUCUCAGUAAGCUCGUGCGCUAUGCUCUGGUCGCCAAGCGUCUACGCGCUCAUCGCCAGCCGGUUUCUCGUGGGGACUGGCAUUGGACUGGUCGUGACCAUCGUCCCGAUUUACAUCGCUGAGACGGCUCCGUCGGAGAUCCGAGGGCAGUUGGCAACUUUUCCACAGCUCCUGGGAUCUGGCGGGCUGUUCGUCGUGUACAUUAUGGUGUUCUUCCUGUCGCUAACGGCGGAUCCCAGCUGGAGAAUGAUGCUGGGAGUUUUGCUCAUCCCAGCUCUUCUGUACCUGGCGCUGGUGAUAUUUUACUUGCCCGAAUCGCCAAGGUGGCUCGUAAGCAAAGGCCGGAUGCUGGAGGCUAAGUAUGUUCUACAGCGGCUACGCGACAGAGACGACGUUUCAGCGGAGCUCGCUCUUCUUGUCGAGGGUCUCGGUGUCGGUGGUGAGGCAUCACUCGAGGAGUGGCUACUCAAACCCGCACCGGAAGACGUGCUCGAAAACGGUGUCCCGCAAAAACACGAGUCUCAAAUCAAGCUUUACUCACCCGAGGAAGGUAUCGCGUGGAUUGCCACCCCAGUCGUAGAAGAACCGGCUGGCCACUCGCUUGUGCCAACCUUCCCCAGCUUUAGCAUGAAGAGCGUCCAUCUCAUGGAUCCUCUUGUGCAACUUAUCGGAAGUGUACAGCAGACUCAGGAACACCACCAAGCCGUUGAAGGACUCGAGCGUGAUUAUCCCGAGGAGCCACAUUUCAAGGAAGAGGAGGACAAGCCACGCGAUAAUGGCUACGAGUCAGACAUGGAAGAAGGGAUGGUGGGAAAUCUCGACGAGUCGAACCUCGAAGCGCCGCUACUUCACAAGCGGUCUGGCGUGUCAAGCAGGGACAACUCGGGAGCCUUUGAGGACGUGGAACAGGGACAUGAAACAGUGCCGGAAAGACGAGGAAGUAGAAGCAAUCUGGUUUCUCGUGGCAGUAUGCACCAUGGAAGCAUGCCGGAGUCUCUUGGAAGUGUGGGAAUCGGAGGUGGAUGGCAACUGGCCUGGCAAUGGUCUGAGCCCGAGCAGGGAACGGGGCAUACAGAGGAAGGCGGCUUCAAAAGAGUUUUCUUGCUGCAGGAGGCAGUGGACGCGUCUGGCCGAAUUGUUGGAUCUACGGCAUCGUUACCAGGAAUUGCCGAAGGGGACUCUAUUCCAGCAGCAGCCAUAGUUGGACACCCAGCGCAGUCGAUGAGGGAUAUCAUCGGUGAGGCUCCAGUUGGCCCUGCCAUGCUGCAUCCUACGCAGACAGCUACGAGCGGGCCUGCGUGGUCGGACAUAUUUGUUGGCGGCGUCAAAAGAGCUCUUAUCGUUGGCUUGAGCUUGCAAGUCUUACAGCAGUUUAGUGGCAUCAACGCUGUGCUCUACUUCAUUCCACAGAUUCUCCAGCAAUCUGGACUAGCUGUUUUACUCUCGGACGCUGGUAUCAACGCGAACUCGGCGUCUAUACUAGGAAGUGCCACCACGUCCUUGCUCAUGCUUCCAUGCAUUGUGUUGGCCAUGCGCUUGAUGGACCAUUCUGGCCGUCGGCAGUUGCUGCUUUCAACGCUUCCGGUGUUGUUGCUGGCACUGGUGGCCGUGACAUUCUCAAACAACUACCUCCGUGCUGGGCUCGUUCAGGCAGUCAUUUCCUUCCUCAGCGUGACGCUCUACGCUUGCUCGUUCGUGAUGGGAUUUGGGCCGAUCCCAAACAUCCUUUGCUCGGAGAUAUUUCCAACAAGGGUCCGUGGCCUCUGCAUAGCAAUGUGCCAGGCCACAUUCUGGGUGUGCAACAUCAUCGUCACGUACCUCUUCCCGAUUCUCCUCGUCCGACUCGGCCUGGGAGGAGUCUUCAGCCUGUUCGCAUUGGUUUGUCUCGUGUCGUGGAUUUUCAUCUUCCUCAAGGUCCCGGAAACGAAAGGGCUGCCUUUGGAAGUCAUCUCGGAGUUCUUCGCUAUGACCGAUCGCCUCGAAGCCAAGAAAUCGUCAACUUAAGCGCAGUUUAUCCAGGAAAGAUGGAAACACAUCUUUUUCACUCGAGUUUAGGGAGUUUACGUAUGUUCGUACAUAUAGUAACGAAAUAAGAAAACGAUGAUUGAUUCUUGAUUUAUAGUCUGGUCUGGGUAAGUCAAUCCUCUUCUUCCUGACAUUAAUCACAGGCAGGUGGGAGCUCUAUCCAUGCGAUCUCUCUGUGCAGCAAAACUCGCUUUCUUGUGAGAGAAGGCUUUUGUACUUUGGCAAAGAAAAAGGAUUGUCGCUAUGGAGUAGUAACUUUCAAGCCAGGAAGCCAGGGAGCUAGGAGAAGACGACGCGGAAGAUGCGAAAUAAGGAGAGAUUGCUGAAAUUCAUUGCGCCUCGCUCACCCACCGAGCACACAAGGCGAAGCGACUCGCGAACGACUCAAUCCCACAUGACGAUGGUGGAAGGACGCAUGGGAUGAAUUUGUCAUGGACAGCAUCAGCUUGAGAAGCCACAUCCUCGUCGAGCAGUCGGGCCUUGCAAGGAUCCCAGGGAGUCUCGAGUCCCGAGAUGAGCCUCGAGCGUCACAGUCCUGUCGGAUUUGCCUGAUGGGCGUGGAGCAGGAGUGGAUCCAAAUGGACUGCGCUUGCAAAGGUGAGCUUGCCAUUGCUCAUGUCGACUGCGCGGUGCGGUGGUUUAGCAUCCGAGGGAACUCCUCGUGUGACGUUUGCGGCGAGGCCAUCGGCAAUCUCCCCGCCCUCUCCCCGCGCAAGCCCUGCUACCAGCAGCAAGAUCAAAGCUAUCCCGUGGUGCUCGACCAAGACGAUGACGACUACUAUGAUCCCAUAGACAGCUCUUGCAGUAAGAUCGCAGUGCUGGUUGCGAGCUCCACCAUCGGAUUCUUCAGGCAAAAGCUCCGAGCCUUGGCAGAGUUCCCGUAGGGGCCAUUGAAUGCGCAUGAAACUGGUUUUUUUAAAUGCGACGGUAGGAUUUGCGACACGUGUUCUCCUGGA